AAAGGGAUUCUUUCUGCUCCUAACCCACACGCGGAGCAACGCUCUACCUGGGCCCGCGAGCUGUCAGAGCGCUCAAGGAUUUUCAACGAGGGGCGAAAUUAUCGGCUGCAUCUCAUGAACCAUUAACAUCCACUGCGCAUCACAACCUACCAAAGGCUGAAGACAUCGGUUCUUCAAAGGGGAAAAAGCAAGAAUAACAUUUCUAAAAGACGGACAAUACACAAACGGUACCUGAAAAGUUUCAAACCUUCAAGAAAACUACUUAAAGAAUUUUGGUGUUUGUGGGACUUGGAUUUCUGGAACUGUCUACAGCCUAGUUGAAGGAACAUCAUGUUGCUACUACUGUGUAUGUUUUGGGGCGUCACUGCGGCAACAAUGUCCUUUGAAGACAUGUCAGGCACCGAUCUCGACACCACUCUGAGCGUCAGCAUCCCCUCUGAUGCCCCGCUGCGCCCCCUGCUGGGUGGAACGCUGGUGGUGCCCUGCUACUUCCUGGACCAUACAAUCCAUGACCCCGGCGCCCCCACCAUCGCGCCCCUGUCCCACCGCAUCAAGUGGAGCCACAUCACCAAGGACAAGGUGACGGUCAUCAUGGUGGCCACGGAGGGCAUAGUGCGAGUCGAGUCGGAGUACCUGGACCGAGUCACUAUGGUCAACUAUCCGAUGGUGCCGACGGACGUCAGCAUGGAGAUCACGGAGCUGCGCUCCAACGACACAGGCACCUACCGCUGCGAGGUCAUGCACGGCAUCGAGGACAGCUUCGACACCGUUGACAUCCAGGUCCAAGGUAUCGUCUUCCACUACCGUGCCAUUUCCACCCGCUAUACCCUGACUUUCGAGAAGGCCAAGGCCGCCUGCAUCCAGAACAGCGCAGUGAUCGCCACCCCAGCCCAGCUGCAGGCCGCCUACGAUGACGGCUUCCACCAGUGCGAUGCUGGCUGGCUGUCUGACCAGACCGUGAGGUACCCCAUACAUGAUCCAAGAGAGGGUUGCUAUGGUGACAAGGAUGAGUUCCCCGGAGUGCGAACCUAUGGAGUGAGAGAUGUCACCGAGACUUACGAUGUGUACUGCUUCGCUGAGAGGAUGACAGGCAGGGUUUUCUACUCCAUGUCCCCGGACAAGUUCACCUUUGCUGAGGCAGAGGAGCAGUGCUCGAAGCUGGGUGCCCAGCUGGCCACCACGGGGCAGCUGUACCUGGCGUGGAAGGUAGGCAUGGACGUGUGCAAUGCUGGCUGGCUGGCAGACAGGAGCGUCCGCUACCCCAUCAACAUCGCCCGGCCCCAGUGUGGAGGCGGCCUUCUGGGGGUGCGCACCGUCUACCUCUACCCAAACCAGACGGGCUACCCCCAUCCGGACUCGCGCUAUGAUGCUAUCUGCUACCAAGAUGUGAAGGAGGAGGGCCCAGCCAUUCCCACACCAAUCCCCAGCCCUCGGACAACCACCCCGGAACCAGGCGUGGUGACCGUGGCCACGCUUACCGAGGGCCCUGAGGUCGUCCUCACGGUCACUGCAGAGACCGAGGCACGUGGGGAGACCAUCGGAACAGAGCUUCCCCUGUACCCGCCUCCCAGUGCCACAGUAGACUAUCUGAACGUCACAGAGGAGAUCAUUGCCGCUGCGACCGUCCGUCCUGUGGAGUCAGUGUUCCCCCCGGAGAACGACACGGAGCCUGUGAUGUCUCCUAGAGGCGUGGUCUUCCAUUACCGUGCCGGCUCCGGCCGCUACGGCUUCACUUUCGUGGAGGCUCAGCUGGCCUGCCAGGGCAUCGGCGCAGUCAUCGCCAGCCCUAAGCAGCUGCAGGCCGCCUUCGAGGCCGGCUUCCACCAGUGCGACGCCGGCUGGCUCCUCGACCAGACCGUCAGGUACCCAAUAGUGUUUCCGCGGGACAAAUGCUCAGGCGGUCUGGAGCAGUUUCCGGGUGUGAGAAGCUACGGCUUGAGGCCGGCAGAUGAACGCUAUGAUGUGUAUUGCUACAUCGAUGGGCUGAAGGGGGAGGUUUUGCACGGCACCUCACCCGAGGGCUUCACAUAUGACGAGGCCAUGUCCUACUGCGUGGAGCACAAUGCCACUCUGGCAUCUACGGGGGAGCUGUACGCCGCCUGGAAGCAGGGGUUGGACAAGUGCCGGGCCGGCUGGCUGAUCGACCAGGCCGUCAGGUACCCGAUCAACAACCCCAGGCCGCAGUGCGGAGGAAACAAAGCGGGAAUCCACACCGUGUAUGCCUUCCCCAACCAGACCGGCUACCCUGAUCUCAAAGCCAGAUACGAUGCCUACUGCUUCCGAGCUGACCUGUUGGCUCUUCUCAACGACACCGGAUUGAACAUAACCGCGAUUGAGGAGGAACUGGUUAACAUCACAUCCAUAACUGAUCUACUAAGACCUGUGAUUCCCUCCAUUGCCCCACCCAUCUCCGUGGACGUGUCAGGGUCAGGCUCCGCUGAUCUGGUCUCCGGGGCCAGCGGCUUCUCCGGGGACGUUUCCGGCAGCGCGGAGCUGCCCAGUGGGGCGUCCGGCCUGAGCGCUGACGGGUCAGGCAUUGAGGUCACCUUUUCGGGAAGCGGGAUUACCAUCUCUGCUGAGGGGUCAGUGUCUGGGCUGCCCGAGGAGGCCGGGGGGGAAAUCCCCGGGAUCAUUACGCUCCCGUCUGGGAUGGGAUCGGGAGACUUCAGCGGAUUUCCCUCCGGUGUCAGCGGGGACCUGUCUGGAUCUGGCAUCCCCUCCGGCGUCAGUGUGGAGGAGAGCGGCUCCGGAGAGAGCGGGGAACUCUCUGGAGUGCCAAGCGCUUCGGGUAUCAGCGAGGAGUUCUCUGGAUACAGUGGCCUCCCGUCGGGACUCUUUCCCUCAGGCGACGUCAGCGGCGUCUCGGGAGACGUCUCCGGCAGCGGGGAUUCUACGAUUAUCAUAGUGGAUGGCAGAUGGGUAGAAAUACCUACCACACAGCAGCCGAAGGAGCAGGAGCAAGGAGGCGGCCGGGUGGAGUUCAGCGGCUCGGGGGACGUUUCAGCAUCCGGGAUGAGCGGCUUGCCCAGCGGCGAUGUUAGCGGCUCCGCACUGGGAAGUGGAUUCCCUGAUGUGAUCUAUGUGGACCAUCACCUUAUUGAUCUGACAAAGAGACCUGGUGAGCAGGAGGCCUCUGGGUUGGGAUCUGCUGAUGUGAGCGGUUAUCCCUACGGUGUAUCUGGUAUCCUUUCAGGGGAGGAGUCGGGCUCUGCCAGUGGGGACGUCUCUUUCCUGACAGAUGAGGAGAUGAUCGAAGUCUCCAUCCGUCCGACAGAGAGAGCAGAGCUUGGCAAGGGCCCGGUGGAGUUCAGCGGAUUGGGCAGCGGGCUGGAGUUCUUUUCUGGUCACGAGGACCACCCCGAAACUCCCAGCGGAGUCCCCUCGGUUGACCAUUUAUACGAAACAAUGCCCCCAGUGGUCUUGACCACCGGAUCUGAGGAUCAGGAGCUCACCGCUAGGACAGAGGGACCGGAAGAGGCCCUCUCCGAGCUGGAGGAGACCACCGGCGCAUUCUACGCCACCGCCACUGCGCCGGUUGCGGUCACCACCGCCCCCUCCAUCUCCCUGCAGACACCAGCCGUCGUGGCAGAGCCUCUGUCAGUCGAAGCUACCCCGAAUCCAUGUGACCCAAACCCCUGCGGUGCUGGCUCAUGCACGGUGCAGGACGGCAUCGGCUUGUGCCAAUGCCCGCCUGGCACGAGCGGAGAGGAGUGUGAGCAGGAUGUGCACAGCUGCGAGGAGGGCUGGACAAAGUUCCAGGGCAACUGCUACCUGCACUUCUCUGAGCGGGAGACCUGGCAGGACGCCGAGCAGCGCUGCCGGGACCUGAACUCCCACCUGGUCAGCAUCGUUUCACCAGAGGAGCAGCACUUCGUCAGCUCCAACGCACAGGACUACCAGUGGAUUGGACUCAACGACAAGACGGUGGAGAAUGACUUCCGCUGGACAGACGGAACCCCCCUGCAAUAUGAGAACUGGAGGCCGAAUCAGCCGGACAACUACUUUAACUUUGGAGAGGACUGCGUGGUGAUGAUCUGGCAUGAAGGUGGCCAGUGGAAUGACGUGCCCUGCAACUACCACCUGCCCUUCACCUGCAAGACCGGGCCAGUUUUAUGUGGCCCCCCUCCCGAAGUGGAGAACGCCAGGAUGUUUGGGAACAGGAGAGACCGCUACCAGGUCAACUCCGUAAUCCGCUACCAAUGUAACCCCGGGUUCCUGCAGCGCCACCUGCCUGUGGUCCGCUGCAUGGCAGACGGACAGUGGGAGAGGCCGAGGGUGGAGUGUAUAGGAGCCGAUACAACCAGCCAUAGUCUACAGAAGAGGUCCAUCAGGAGACGAACAAAAUCAGCCAACAGCAAAUCUUGGGGAAAACUCCGCUAAAACUGAAAAAAGGGAUUCAAAAGAGAGAUUUUAAAAGAUAAUUAUUUUAAAAAGAACAUUUAUAUUAAAAAGUCAUUUUCCAUCUAAAAAAGAGAUUAUGAAAUAAGAUUGCCCACCUUGUAUAUAUAUACAAACACCAAAGCAAGUUAAACGUAAUUGUGUAGUCCAUCUGGCUGAUGUAUUGGUUUCUGAGUGUCACUCUGUGUCUUGCUUUAGGGGGAUAAAAUAAGUGAAGAUUUUAUUUUGUUGUUGUUGUUCUUGUGCCAGACACACUGAAAAAAAAAAUGUUUGAAUUAUUAUAUUAUUGUUUAAAUGAUUAUUUGGAUUUUUUUGGUUUUGUUUUGAGGACAGCAAGCCAGAUUUAGAGUUUGAGAGGACUGUAUGCAGUCUGCAAGCUGGGAAGAAGUGCUAAAGUGUUACUGCCCCCUCAGUCAGCCAUGUUGGAUCGCAGCCCUUUGUUGGUGGUUAAAACCGUAGCAUUCUUCAGGCAUUCCAUCUGUAUUUCCCAGUGCAUUCCCAAACCUGGAUUUUACAGACUAUCUGGAUGUAAAUAUUACACCCAGACCAGCUAGUGUUCUGCGGUGGACUGGCACCGCAUUGUGAACUGAACCAAAGCUGUCUCCCUGGCAACAACAGAGGACAGGAAGCUGAAGGCCUGUUAAAUUGGGUUUGGGUCCUGGAAGCGCUUGUCAAACGCACGUAGACUGAGCUUUAAACAGCAGGGGGAGAAACAGCGCACAUUAUUUUUUCACGAAAGUGAGGUUGUUAAAUUUAAUCUUGAAGUUAGCUAUUGGGGAACCAUCGCGGGGGUAGAAGUGAUCAACCAGAUUCGUCAGCACAAUCUAGCAGUGGUGAGACUUGUGUACGGCAUUAACCUUUUUAGCAAGAAAUUGUGGAUCAAGAAAGUCCUACUUGUAAGGUAAAAGAUAAGUACGAGUAGCGGGGGGAAGGGGCCAUAGCAGAAACCUAGUCUAUUUAAUCUCAGCCGUGGAAAGAUAGUGAUCUAGACGCAAAGCACACAGGGGUCGGCAUCCUCCUGACUAAUCUUGGUACUUUCUGGAGCUGGUUAUGUCUGCAUAAUGUGAAUAUAGAAUUAUUUAUUGAUUUCUCACAGCGCUGGGAUCUGACUGGCACAUGGGCUGGCAGCGCCCUGCUGUGAUUGGCUGAGCCUGGCACACUCCACCAUUGGGGGAGAGUUUGGUUAACCCUCUCCCCUGGCAAAUGGAGUGACUGAAUGUUGGGAAGAAAAUAAGGCGUUUGUGGCUACAGCAGGAUCCUUGGUUUUCGUGUACACUGUCAGUUUUGUGAUGAAAAUAGCGGCCUUUUUUGUUUUUUGUUUUGGCUUUUAUUUUUGCCAGUGUCUUCUCCCCCCAGGGCCGUGCAGUGCACAGUAUUUCUGUGGGGCCAGUGCAAGCCAGAACAACCUGCUUACAGCAACUGUUUUCUCUCUUUCUGGUCUCUCUCUCCCUCUUUGUCUGUCGUUGAGUCUCAGGCACUUCCAAACUCAGGAGCAGAAACAACAAAAUGAAAUUACACAAAAAAAAAAAACAGUUUGGCGUCACAUUGUUGGUCUACUUCGCAAGAAACAUUAUGCCGAUUGCUGGGACUCCUAGAGCUUUUGCCUUUGCUUGGCUCUUCGUGUGGUAUCUAUGAUUCUCGUGUCUGUCAUAAUGUUCAUGGAGGCUGUGCCUCCUGUUCCCUCAACCCUAAUUUAAGACACCCGUAAGUGAUAGCUUUUUCUGCAUGGGCAAGCCAGUAGAGCAGAUUCUCAGUGUAUGAUAGAAUCUGAGGUGGGCCAGGAUCCCAGGUCAGGUCACGCUUUGAGGGUUUCUCAUGUCGGAUGUUGAACUGGUUAACACUGCGCUCUUCCCAGACGUUUCCUUUUUUAAAAAGUAGGAUUGCAAUUAUCGUAGUGCAUCUCAUUCACUAUCUGCUGCCUAUAAGGGCGGAAAAGACAUAAAGCAGCAAAAACCAUGAAAAUGGUGGGGUUAGCCGUGGACCUCUGUGCUCGGCAGAAUGGAUUGACCUGUCAGAAGCCGAAGCGCAGAGUCAGGGCGGAGAUGUCGUGUGGCAAAGGGAAAGGGUCGUCUUGCACAUGGUCGAAAACACAACACACCACACUUCCUCUCGACAAAGGGGUGAGAUAAAGCACUCCUGCGUAAGUUUGCACAUCCCUGGUCAUUUACGUCAGACUCCACUGUGAGUUUACACAUAUCCUGCAUACAAAAAUAAAUGAAUGAGAAUUCAGCUUUCUCUCUGUAAGCGAGGAAGAGCCGCAAUGACUGA